GUGAAUGAUGCUGAUCUGAAGAAAUGAAUAAUGUGAACGUUGGGGGCGACAGUGGGAUUACUCAGUGGCGAGAGAGAUAUCAAGGAGAGCCCAGUGCGGAGGAGGGAGAAGCACCUUUCUCUCAUCGUUGGUCCACUCUGUCUUGGAGGGGAGAGGUCUGACUAGAUUCACUGCAGGCAUCAGAACCGGGAUGAACAUCGAGGUCGGAAACGUGUCUUACACGGGAGCCAUCAUCUCCUGGUCAUCCUCAGAGCCUUGCCUGGAGGACUACUACCAUAUUAUGUACAGGCCCAACUGGAAUAGCAUCUUCUCUGGGUAUCUGCGCUACAGCUUUCACCACGAGGAGAAGGUGCCUCGAAGCGUCAGCUCGGUGGUGUUGGAACACCUUGCCCCUUCCACGCUCUACUUUCUCUGCAUCAGCUGCAAGAAGGCUGCCUUCCCAUACAGGCACUACUGCACCAUGUUCCACACCCUGGAUAAGAGUCCACUGGCUGCAGGGGGCUCCCUGGUGGACCCCCAAAUUUCCCUCUGGGUGCUGAUGGCCAUCCUGCUGGCUUGUUUCACAGCUGUCCUGGCCUUCAUCUGCCUCCAGUUCUGGUGCAUUCGCUGUCAUGAACCUCGAUGGUCUUACAGAGCUGGCCACAUGGAGGAAGCCAAUGGGCUGGUGAGAUGGCCCGAGGAUGCCCCAGCUCUUGGUCAGAGGGAGGAAGACCUGCAGGGGCUCCCCCUGGUGGAACUGCCUCGCAAGAACUCUGGAGCUGGAGCUGAACCUGAAGCCCAAGCCUUCCAGGAUGCUCCAGAUGUGGAAGUCUUGGCCAGAGAAGGUGGUGACCAACCAGCCAUACUGCCUCACUACAAGGAAUGAGUGGUGGGGAGGAGAUGGCCUACUUCAAAUAGCCUGAUGCCUUUACACAGUAGGCCUUUUGUAGAAAUGUGUCUAUAGACUACUGCUUUCUCUCUCCUCAAAUGUCAGUGUUGUGUGGAUCAGAGGGGUUGGAUGGAUGCCUAAUGACAAUGUUCUUCAUGACAAUGUUCUUCAUGUUGGAGCUGCCCCGGCCCCCAGGUAUGCCAGGGACAAAUAAGGCCCAGUUAAGAACUGAAGACAUUAUUUUAAUAUUAAAUCAAUCAUGGGUAUAUUACAAAGUAAAGAGUAAAAGUUGUGUGA